AUGCUUUUGAUGCUUGUUUCCAUACAUCUUUUCCAAACACGCGGGCACGCGCGUGCCGAAAUAUUUCUUCCACUAACAUUAUCAAAAGGAGUCGGGUAUAUGUCUGGCUCUCUUCCACAAACAAAGGACCUUGUGAACGGAGCCUUUACGCUCGUGAAGGAAUACACAAAGUUAACAGCGGAUCUCGCGGAGGAAGACUAUGAUUACCAUAUGGCUUUUCCUGCGUUCAGGCAUCAAAUCACUCGCCACAGUGAGGCUGUCGUUUCCCUGAUGGAUAAAUUCUGUCAGUUGCUGCCGGCUAAGCGGCGUGUCACCCUCUCAAGUACAGGAGGGAAACUAACAGACCCUCAGCGAGCUGCUGUGAUGGAAGCUGCGGAUUCGUUACUGGAGAAUGUUGAUGGUUUGUUGGAUGAGUUAAAGGGGCGACGUUUAAGUGCUAAGGAUCAACUAUCCGUGAAGUUUGGAUCAGAAUUGCAGGGUGUGGUCCCGUCUUCCUCUUAUUCUGUCUUUAACGCAGCCGGUGUAAGUGUCUUGAGGCCGCAACUCACAUUUGAACAUCCGGUAGACAACAGUCCCACACCUUUCCGUCCAGUCUACUACGACGAAAAGGGCGUACGUCACGUCGGGGAACCGGGUGUUCAUCCCUUUGCGGAACGGAUUAAGGCUGUGUCUGUUCCCUCAGAGCAACUGCUGCUCAAAACUGAAACUCCUUACCUUUCACUAGUCACGUGUCCUCUGACGUUUGUCGAUACGGUGGAGGACCUUGAAGCACUUGUGGCAGUGCUGCUGAAUGAGACGGAAAUUGCUGUCGACUUGGAGCACCAUGAUUUCUACUCGUAUCAAGGUUUUACAUGCCUCAUGCAGAUCAGCACUCGCACCCAGGACUUCAUCGUUGACUGUCUUAAGGUGCGCGCAAACAUGUACCUGAUGGCCCCCGUUUUCUUGCAACCAAACAUUGUGAAGGUUUUCCAUGGUGCGCGAGAAGAUGUUCGGUGGCUGCAGAAGGAUUUCGGGUUGUACAUCGUGAACCUCUUUGACACAAGUAUAGCAUUGCAGAAUCUGCACAUGCCACACAGUUUGGCGUUCGCGGUGGAUCACUUCUGCCAGGUGAAACUCAACAAAAAGUACCAGACUGCGGACUGGCGUGUUCGGCCCAUUCCAGCAGAGAUGGUUUCCUAUGCCCAGCAAGAUACACACUUCUUGCUCUAUGUCUACGAUCGCUUGAAGCAGUUGUUACUCAAUUGCGAGGCUCGAGCUUCUGUUGGAAACAUGCUGCUUCACGUAUUUCAAGAGAGCCGCCUUCUAUCGCUGGAGCGCUACGAGAAGCCACAUCUCGACCCUGAUGUUACAUACAAGCAGGCACUUGGAAGGAGCUUGGGUGGUCUUUCUUCAUCUCAGCUGCAGGUGGCACGCGAGAUAUUUAACUGGCGGGACAUGGCGGCGCGGGAAGCGGACGACUCUCCCUCAGCUGUUAUGCAUAUUUCGUGCGUGUUGUCUAUCGCGACAAAGCUGCCCACAUCGGCAAACGAGGUGCUUAAGUGUUGUAGUCCAGUAAGUGUUGCUGUGCGCACAAAUGUUAUGAAGCUGCUCCAGAUAGUGAAAGAUGCUAUCGGAAGUGCUGAUAGCCUAAAAGAUGGAGCAAAUGGUGAUGUAAAACCCAAACCCUUACCAAAUGUUGGGGUUGCUUUGCGAUACAUGGGUGUUCAUCGCUCCAUGACCGGCACACUCCCUUCAAUUGAGCAGCGUGCGGACCCGGCAUUUACUGUAGAAGACGCGCAUGUUGUGGUGCGCACGGAGCCAUCUGCAUGGUUUGAAACGAUGCGGAAUGUUGCUGCCAUCCUCCGCAGGAAACCUUACUACCCUAUUGCACUUCCUGGUCAUGAUGUGGUGACACGGAUGUCUGCGGUUAAGCGGGCGCGGGAAGUGGAAGAGAUGAAGGUAAAGGGUGAGGGUGAGGAAGAGGAAAAACGGGUGCAUGUUGAUGCAGAGGAACCAACCGUCGAAAGGGAAAACAGCAGCGAAAGAGGAGAAGGAAUGGCUGGCCCAUGUCUCCAUGAAGGGCUUGAGGUGAAGGAUGAAGUGGAAGAAAUCGAUGUACCCACCCAGAAACCGCUUGAGCUGAAGGAAGGUGCCAUCUCGCUGCGUCAGCAAUAUGGAACUGGGAGUGCAAACCGCAAGAAAGCUCGGCUCGGAAAGAAAAACAAAUCGUGA